CCACGUACUAUCUCAGCCACAUGGCCAGGUAGGACAAUGUCUUUCUUGCGGAUACUGGACCAUGACCUGGACGACCCGCUGUUCCUUCGUCUCUUCGACUCUCUUGGCCUGAACUCCCAUCAAGAAGUCGAGCUCAUCCAUGUCCUGAAACGGAUCACCACGCCGAUGGAGACCUUGAUAGCCCGAGGCCGGAGCAGAGAGGCACUUGCCUUCUUGGAGAAACGACAGCAACAACGACAACAAUUGCAACGACAACAAAGACAACCGCCACAACCAUUAGUAGAAGAAGAAGCACGACUAUCGCCACAGACCUGUGUAGCGGCACCCUUUCCCGGGCCGGGACCGAGUGUGUGGGGCACCGUGCAGGAAGCGGGGCAGGCCGCCGUUCCACGCCUUCCCUCCUCCUCGCCCUGCUUCCACCUCAGAGACCCCACAGUGCCUUCCCCGGCGGCCCUUACUGCGAGCCCAGCCUUGGCCCAGGGGCAUGCGUCGCGCCAAGACGCACCGGCACGCCGGGUGCUCGUUACUUUUUCCAGUGGCAGGUGCCAGGCCGCAGGGGCGAAGAGGUUCCUCUAUUCUUCGCACAGGGCGAGCCGGGCCGGGGAGGACGCCUUCGUGGAGGAGAUCCAGGAGCAGGUGCGGCAAUGGCGGGACUCCGGGGGGGGAAGAGGAGGGAGCGAGGGGGAAGAGACGUACAGUGUCAGCGUCAAUUUCUCCCCGUCGGGCGCACUGAAGAAGACGGUGUGGAAAGUGACGGCGGGGGGAGGGAAG